AUCUCUGUUCAGAUCCAACACAAGAUGGCUGGAAUGCAAGUGCGGGUAGAGGGAUAUUUGGAUGCUUGUCCCGGCGAGUUGUUGGAGUUUGAUUUUGGGCCCCUCUCUCACUGGGGGGUCUAUGUGGGGGAGGGGGAGGUCAUUCACUUUUCGUGGCCAGAGGACACCGAGGCCUGGAUCAGACACAGCGCGCCCUCCAUCAUCCUGUUUAGUGAGACGAUGGUCCGAAAGGAGCGAGUCGCAGAUAUUGCGGGUAUUUCUGCGGUUUACACUAACCGAAGCUACGACCUCGUGCUGCCGCCACUGCCUGGGACAGAGAUCCUGCGCCGCGGGCAGGUCUUCAUGGAUCGCACUCUGCCAUACAACUCGUUGACCUUCAACUGCGAGCACUUCGCCACCUUCCUGCGCUACGGCAAGGCGCAGUCACGACAGGUUUCUAGGUUUGACCUCCUGCACCUGACCUCUCAUGACCCCACCAGAGAGUUCAAGAAAGCUUACAGACAGGCUCUGAAAGAUCAGCAUGCUAAGGGAAUUCUAAUAAGUGUCUUGGAGGACCAACCUCGGCAAGGCUGUAACAUCUAGCUGAGCUGAGGAAUUCAGCGUUAGGGGUUUUGACCAUUUUGCAUAACCAAAAUUGUAUUUUUACAAUUGAAAAGGAUUGUGGGACACCGUCUGUCUGCAGCUUUUAUAAAACUAAACCCUGGAAGAAUGUAGUAAACUAACCCAGAUGAUACUGCAGACGUCUUUCUGUUUAACCGACAUGUAAAUCACUUUGAGAUACUGUGUCAUGAAAGGCGCUAUAUACAUACAUAAAACUGAAUUUAAUCUGUGGGAUACUUAAUAAAAAAAUCCAGACCACUCAGUUGU